AUGGAAAUACUUUCAAGGUAUCAGUCAAUUUGGGAUAUUGAGAUGAACAUGGUUCCGUUCUAUCUUGCUGGGGUGAUGCACGAGUCUGAAAACCAGCCUCCUGGUAUGAACAAGUUCAAGGCAAAGUACAUGUACAAAGAUUUGGUGCGUAAUGGCAAGCUUUACAAUGUCCCACUUACAGCAAUCCCGAGUAAAUUUCCAGACAACUCUUUGAAAGCUCAGCGAAUUUUGACUGCCGUUAAGCUAUAUGAGCCAAGUAAACUGAUUUCAGCCAGUAGAGCAAUUUGGCAGUGUUAUUGGCGUGAUGGAAUGAAUCUGAGUGAUGAGGAUAAUCUCGUCAAAUAUCUCACCCCAGUGCUUGGUUCUACAACUCCCUUGUUUGUAUCAAAGCAUGCAUCCGACUUGCAUGUAAAAAAGUUGUUGACAGAUAACACGCAGGCUGCUACUCAUGAAGGUGCAUUUGGCGCUCCUUGGAUUAUUGUCGAACAUCAAAACAAUGGAGUGUCAACUCGAGACUCAUUUUUUGGAAGCGAUCGAAUUGAACAGAUUGCAUUGCUAUUAAAAAAACCAUACUACGGUCCUCAACCCACAGAUAAUCUCAGUGGAACAUCCAAGCUCUAA